UUUCUGCGCAAACCGGGUGGAAGUUGAAUAGCUCGAACUCUCCCGGGAAAAAAAACCCUCCCUCUAACCCGGACAUUCCACUGUUCUGUCAUAGUGGCUGAAUAAAAGACUUUAAUAACACGCGUAAUAAGCGCGUUUUAAACAUGUUUCGAGUCUGCACAAGAGCUGUUUUUAUCCACGAGCAAUGGAUAGUAAACAUCAACCUGCCAUCAAGUCCCUACUCGACCUCUCGGGUCAGACUGGGAGUUCUGCAGAAGGUGAAUGAAAAGUGUGAGCGUUUCGUACAGAAGAGAUUUCCUCGCUUUUCCAUCCUUUACUACACCAUGAUGAAAGGAUUUCGGCUCCUGUUGGAAGAUGUGAAGGAGGUCAGCAAGAUAAAGAAGACCAUGUGGAUGGAGAAUGUGCACUACAGAGAGCUUCCAUAUCGGGAUAUGAAGAGACUCAUUCUGUUUCGACGCGACAUGUUUAAAGCCGUUCCUCUGUUUGUGAUCUCACUUCCUCCGUUCGCCAUUGGCCUGGUCUUCAUCCUGAUGUGUUUAUUUCCACGCCAGCUUUUGUUCCGACAUUUUUACCCGCAGCAGCAGAGAAAAUUCCAGAUGAUCGACCACAUAAAGCGUUCUCAGUGCCAGGCGAAGGUCCUGGAUAGCUUGGUGAUGAACGUUCCACGUGUGAGCGUGUGGCAUCAGAGGAGCCUCUUCGACCUGUGCUCCAAGGUUCAGGAUGGGAAACACCCGAGAGUCUUUGAGGUCCACGCCAUACGGGACGUCUUCUUUAAAUCAUCUCCACUGGGAAUGCAGUGUCUUACACCCCGUCAUCUGAGAUUGUUAGGUUCUCAGCUCCCUAUAAUCGUGUGGUUUCCCAGUUUCCUGGUGCGGAGGCGGCUCACAACCAAAGCCGUGGACCUGCUGUAUCUGGACCGCGCCCUGCAACGCCUCGGCAUCGAUCAGCUCACUGAGGAAGAAACAAGACAAGCGUGUGACCUCCGAGGGCUGAACUCCGGUCAGCUGACCUCCACUCAGUGUAAAGAGUGGCUUCAUGAAUGGCUGGAGCUCUCCGCUAAGGUCAAAGAAUCUGAAAUCUCUUUAUUACUGCACAGUAUGACGCUGCUGACGCUCAACUACCCACCGGUGACCAAGUGAUCCGACUGCAGUCCUCAGCUCACGUCUUUAUCCUCUUCAGUACCGUUUACACACCGGCCUCUCUUCCCUUCUCAUCACACCAUUCCAAUCACAUUCCUGUUUACGGCUCGCAGACAAACCAGUUCACAUUCAGGUCAUAAAGUAACUCACAUCAGUUCCAAUCUGUCCAGAAAUCAUGCUCUGUUUAUUUAUUUGUGUUUUGUGUGGAAGAAAUGUUCUAAUAGCACUGAUAUUAUCGGAUGUGUUCAUAUUUUGGCACUUGAAUUCGAUGUAAUUAGAAUGAUUCCAUUUUAUAUCUCAGCUCUGAAAUGCCUGCAGUCUGUGAUUGCAGUCGGUGUUCAGGUCGUUCCUUAUUUCAUCUCAGGUCUCUUUGGUUUUUAUUUUCAAUUGUUUUGUGAUUUUAAAAAAAAUUAUUAGUCAA